AGAUAGCAGAAUUACGUAUCGACGGACAUCUGUCGGAUAUCAGUGAUACUUUGAAGAAACUCAGUAGUUAUUAUAUCGAUAUGCCAAAGUGCAGCGCUUGCGGUCGCUUCUUAUCGUCGGCAGGGGCCACUAACUGUACGGGUUGUCAGGGUCUAUACCACAUGGUCUGCGUGGGACUAGUAGAGAAUGGUAAAUUACCGAAGCUAUGGAAAUGCCCUGAGUGCCUAGCAAAACGACCAAAAAAGGGGAAUGUUGAUACGCCUGUUAAAGCGGCGGAAACCUCUUGCAGUGAUGGCGAUGAAGCGAGUACGGAACUCGAAAUGCAGUCAGAUGUCCAUGUAGAGAUGUCUCAAUCGGUGGAAUUGGGUCGUGAAUUGCGUCUCAUCCGGGAACAACUGCAGCAUAUAAGAAACGAGAUCAAGGAUUUCCGCUCAGAGUUGAAUGAGGUCCGAAGUUCGAUUGCUGCCUGUAACCUGCGCGUUGAUACUGUGAAUGAUAGACUUUUGGACAUUGAAAAAGAAAUUUUAGCCCCAUCUAAAAAAAGCAAAGAAAUCGAAAAGCUUGAAUCCACCGUUGCCAAGCUAAAAGUGGAUAUAAAUGACCGCGAUCAGGACCUCCUGCGUGCUGACAUAGAGAUCACAAAUUUGCCGGAAACCCGCGGAAAAAAUCCUUGCCAUACAGUGGCGGCUGUGGCGGCUAAAUUAGGAGUUGCCCUCAGCCAAAAUGAUAUUGUGUUUGCGGAAAGAGUAGGGAAGAAGGACGAAAACAGUUCUGAAGGUAGGGAAGGUGUGCGAGGUCGGCGAAUUGUAGCGCGGCUGUCGCGGCCCUCUCUGCGGGAUGACUUUCUUCGUUGUGCUCGCACGCGACGCGGAACCAUCACGGAAGGUAUGGAAUAUAGCCCUCCUCAUAGACGUUUUUACAUAAACGAGAGGCUAACUAGAACAAAUAAGCACCUAUUCUACUUAGUACGAGAAACUGCGAAACAAAAGCAGUGGAAAUUCACAUGGACAAAACUUGGAAAAAUAUUCGCCCGCCACGGAGAGGGUAAAGUUGUUCAUCAAAUAAAGUCCGAAUCAGAUUUGGAACGGGUUUUUGGAAUUCCCGAUGUUGGGCCAGUGACAAACUAAUGAUCAAUAUAUUUCUACCUAAGCUUACGGAUAUAUCUAUAAGUAUUACUAAGAAAAACUU